UCUUUGUGAGUUUUGCAUGACUUAUUGUUUACUAGUAUAAGUUACGGCUAGUGUUGCAUGUAUUAGAGUUUAUGUAUAUGCCUGUCUGCUGGGGUUCUGUGUUUGCAGUUGCUGUCCUGUCUGGGCGUUCUUAUCCCCUUUUCCUUAACUUCCGGUUCCCAUAUUUUGGUUUUUCUUGCUACGAUAAUAGUAAAAGAGACAGGUUAUGCCCAGUAUAUAAACCUAAAGUUCGAAAGGAGAAGUUGCUGGCACUGGGGUUUGUUUGUCCAGAGGAAUUGAUGCCGCUCAUGGACAGAUGCGAACCACUGGAACCGGGUCAGAGAUAAUGACCUCGCCCCCCCUUGGU